AGUAUAGGGUCCACGGGUACCCCAAGAGAAUAAGGAUAAUAUCUCUUUUCAGUUGCUGCAAGAUUGGGUAGUCAGGUUUGAGUGCUAGUUCAGAUGAUUCGACAUUCUCCCUCUGCCGUAUAAGACGAGACUCUGCGUAAGACCUCGACAAGAGGAGAGGACAAGAGGUAGAUAGUUUUGUUUGAGAAGCCAAAGGUUGUCUCACUACCGGAAGACCACAGCCCAACUCGGGUUACCAGAAAUAGAGGCACUGAACACUGAUAAAGCUGCAAAGGAUCCCAGCAGUCAGGAAUGUGCAGCCUGCAAGCAGACAUUUCAGUACAUAACAGGAACUGAACAGAUGUAUCAUCGGCAACAGCAGCAACAACUCCACAUCCAUAACCAACACCUGUCUUCAAGACCUAGCUUACCUCCUGAGAAGCAGUUUCUCCUGCAAGGAGGUGGAGAUUCAGGGCUCCUCCUCUCCACUGACGCUAAACCUCGGUUGAAAUGGACACCCGAGCUGCAUGACCGUUUUGUGGAGGCAGUAAAUCAGCUCGGAGGGCCUGACAGUGAGUAUAUGAUCCAAAAAAUAUAUCUGUCUGUCUUACAUAGCAGAAACACGAUGAUGGUAGGUUACCUUCUAAAGGCAACAUGCGAAAAUCUUGCAGAAGCUACGCCGAAAACAAUCAUGAUGCGCAUGGGGAUCCCUGGACUAACCCUGUACCAUCUUAAGAGUCAUCUUCAGAAAUACAGACUUAGCAAGAAUCCCCAAGCACAAGCUAAUGCUGUCAAUGCAAAGAAUGUACAAGGCUGCAGGACAGCAACAGAUAAACCAUGCGAAGGAAAUGGAUCACUGGCUAGUCACUUAAACCUAGAGCCCCAGAUAAACAGGUCAAUGCACAAAAGCGAAGUCUUCCAAAUGCAAAUCGAAGUUCAGAGACGGCUGCAUGAGCAACUAGAGGUGCAGAGACAUCUGCAGCUUCGGAUCGAGGCGCAGGGUAGGUACCUGCAGUCGGUGCUGGAGAAGGCGCAGGAGGCGCUCGCCAAGCAGAGCGUUGAAGUUGACGGCGACGUCCUCGGCCUAGAAGCAGAAGCUGCUGCCGAGACGCGGCAACUGUCAGAGCUGAUAUCGAAAGCCUCGGCCACGAAACGCCUUCGACACGAGCACCUCCGCCACCAGCAGCAGCUCGGCGUCGGCGACGGAUCGGUGGACAGCUGCCUGACCGUGUGCGAGGGCUACCAGAGGAACCAUGACAUGCUGUCCAUCGGCUUGUCUGCUCCGGCUCCGAGAGGCUUGCCGUUUGAAAGGACGAGGUCAGGCAACGAUAGAGGAGGAGCAAGCACGAGCUGCGAGGAGUACUUGUUUCUUCAAGAGCCGAGCAGAGGAACCUCUUCAGAUGAGCACCGCGAGAUCAUAAGGGACGGGUUUGACAGAACGGCGCUCCAGACAGCACAGCUGGACCUGAACAUCAACGACACCAACACUAGUCGGCCAGGCAACUGCGACAAGAUUGACCUCAAUGGAUCGAGCUGGAACUGAUCAUCAGUCAGGAAGGUCUUCUUCCACGUAGCAGCAAGGGCAACGGACAGUUCUUCCUACGAGUGACAAAAGCAGGAACGAUGUACUGUAAAACUGACAUGUCCACCAUUAAUUUGUAGCGAGGUGAGGUCUGGGUAGAGCUACCAUGGACCACCUGUGUUGUAGGCUAUCAUGGUACUGGUGCAGCAAAUAACAACACGGUGCUCUCUCGAUGAGGGCAUUUGAGAA